AUGUGGAACUUUGCAUCUAGUAUCAUUGCUGGAAGUGUGGGUCUGAAAAAUGAUUCUUUAAAGUCAAUUCACUCUGCUUCAGAAUAUUCUGACGACGAAACUUCUAUCGUGAGCAGGGAGGAAAGGCUGGAAUGCCCAAUAUGCUGGGAAUCCUUUAACAUUGUUGAAAAUGUGCCUUAUGUCUUAUGGUGUGGUCACACACUUUGUAAAAAUUGCAUCCUUGGAUUACAAUGGGCUGUGGUGAAAUUUCCAACACUGCCAAUUCAACUUCCACUGUUUAUCUCCUGCCCAUGGUGCAACCUUUUGUCUCUCCGUUUAGUGUACCGGGGAAAUCUGAAAUUCCCUCGCAAGAACUACUUUCUUCUUUGGAUGGUUGAGAGCAUGAACGGUGAUAGAGUGAAGUCACAUUCUACUGUUAGCGGGGAUCAUCAGCUAGUCUGGCCAGUUAAAGACAGCUUAACUACAGGAAGCCAAGCAAGCCAUGGCAGCCUUCAGAGAGAACAAGUUUGCCAUCCAGAGUCGUCAAUUUCCAAUCAGUAUCAUGGCAGUACCAGGAAUUAUCUAAGUAUAGAAACAUUGCAUGCUUCUCUUCGGAAGUCACUGGUUUUAUUUGUUCACUUGACUGCAAAGUUCCCAUUGAUCAUUAUUUUUCUUUUGAUUGUCUUGUAUGCAAUUCCAGCCAGUGCAGCCAUUUUGGCUCUGUAUAUACUUGUUACCAUUCUGUUUGCUCUGCCAUCAUUUCUCAUCCUGUACUUUGCAUAUCCUAGUUUGGAUUGGCUUGUCAGGGAAAUUAUCAAUUGA